GCUCAUUCUCAGCGUUAUCGUUAUCGUUGCUACUAUCGUUGCUAUCGCUAUCAUUAUCCUUUGCAUUGGUCUUGAGCUCUCGGUGGAUCCUUCAAACUAUUAAGGAAUUACCUAACCUACCUACCUAUGUAUUGUUCCAGGGUUGCUACUAUGUAUAGCAUCAUCUUCCAUCUUCAAAGUUCUGAACGGUGUGAUUCAUUAAUGGAUUGAGCUCGAAGCUGAACUUGUAGAUUCCCCCUACUUGAAGCUUCAACAAAGGCUUACAAGGCAGACAUAGUGUUUCCAUUGGUCCUCGAGGAUCUGUCGCGCUUUGAUACUUCGAUAAACUAUUCAGGAUGUGCCCUAAUAUUCUAACCAUUACCCGGCCGGAUCGAUAGUCAUAGUUGCAAGACCGCGAAGGCGCUCCCCUAAUUUCGGAUCAUAUCGGCCCUCUUCGGAUGCGCCUCGGUCACGUCGCCGAUUAAGCAAAGCUAUACGGAAUAUACGAUCUCCAUUAUAGUUACGGUAUAUUGAAUAUGGAGGGGCCUAAUGAUGAUGCGCAACCAAGGCGCAGUGGUCCCGUAGCCAUGUACGGGCUUAGCUCUAAUCAGAGCAGCUCGAGUGUAUUCGAGGAUGUGGAGAUGGCACACGAUGAGUUAUUCUCUGGUCCUAUGGCAGAGAGCUUGCCUACAAGCCUCUCGACCUUUUCCCAUCGUCGCCAACGCGCAGAUUCGACAGCAAGCUUCGCGUACUACAAUGAAGAGGAUGACGAAGCAGAGCCUGGGUUCAUGUAUGGCGAAGACGGUGCUGUACCAUUUGAUAUCGACGAGAUGCCUCUUGACUUCGAAGAUGAAGAGGAAGAAAGUAGUUCGGGAGUCGAUCUCGAGAAUGGCGAUUCGUACGAUGAUUAUUCUAUGCGAAGGAGAUCUUCAACCCAAUCGAGGGGCUCUAUUCAUGCCAGACUUCUCCGAACAGAUAGUGGCGUUACGGAUACUAGCGGUCGAGGUUACAGCCGAGUCAGCCAGAAACUACACAUGGUCAACGAGGAUCUCACCAUUGUGAUAGCUGGUUUUCGUACGAGUAGACCUGGCUACACUACAUAUGUUCUUCUGUGUGUUGUGACGUUGGGGCUUGCAUACCUCCUUCUACGAUGGCUUCCUCGGUGGCAGGUGAAGUUAAUCGGCGAGCCAUGUCCGCUCCAUGAUAGCCAGUGGGUGGUGCUUGAGGACCAAUGGGGUGAAAUGACUAUACUAGACGUGCAAACGCAGACCUACAACCGUCCUCUUUCAACCGUAUUCGGCUCACCCGACAAGAUUUUUGCCCAAUUGCUAGGAGAUGAUGCUGAUCCGCUAUUGCCCGAGCUCCGGGUCCUCAGCUACCGAUACGUACGCUUUUUCUACCAUCCAUUGAAGGGUAAAUUCGUUAUCUGCAACGGGUGGAAAGAUCCUACAUGGACUCGCGUACGAGCACUUCGUGCUGGCAUUGACGGCGAGGAGAAAGACCACAGGGAACGCGUUUUUGGGACGAACCUCAUCGAUAUCGAGCAGAAGUCCAUUCCUCAAUUGCUUGUAGAUGAAGUUUUCCACCCAUUUUACGUUUUUCAGAUCGCAAGUUUGAUCCUUUGGUCAUCAGAUGAGUACUACUAUUAUGCCAUCUGCAUCUUCUUUAUGUCUGCAGGUAGUAUAAUAGCAACUCUAAUAGAUACACGCGCUACAAUGCGACGUCUUCGCGAUAUCUCUCGCUUUGAGUGUGACGUACGAGUCCUUCGCAACGGCUUCUGGGCCCACGUUUCAUCAAGCGACCUGGUUCCUGGUGAUGUAUAUGAGAUUAGUGAUCCCAGUCUCACCCAGUUUCCUAGCGAUAGCUUGCUCUUAAGCGGGGAUUGCAUUGUCAACGAGAGUAUGCUUACAGGCGAAUCUGUGCCGGUUUCUAAAAUUCCCGCUACCGACGAGACGCUUGAGAUUAUGAAUCUUAGUGCCUCCACAAUCUCCCAUGACGCUGCUCGUCAUUUUCUCUUCUGCGGGACAAAAAUCAUUAGGGCAAGGAAGCCGCAAGAUAAUGGCGACGAUGAAGCCGUUGCCCUCGCCAUGGUUGUAAGGACCGGUUUCAAUACAACCAAGGGCUCGCUCGUCCGCUCUAUGAUGUUCCCCAAACCGUCCGGAUUUAAAUUCUAUCGUGACUCUUUUCGAUACAUAUCUGUUAUGGGAUGUGUUGCGAUGCUUGGAUUCGUCGUAUCCUUUGUCAACUUCAUUCGCUUGGGGCUGACUUGGCAUGUGAUACUUAUCAGAGCAUUAGACCUGAUUACUAUUGCUGUUCCGCCGGCCCUUCCAGCUACACUUACUAUAGGGACAAAUUUCGCUCUGAGCCGCCUUAAGAAGAAACAAAUAUUCUGCAUCAGCCCGCAGAGAGUCAACGUGGGUGGGAAGCUGGAUGUCAUGUGCUUUGAUAAGACGGGUACGCUCACCGAAGAUGGCUUAGAUAUUCUUGGUGUUCAGCUAGCAUCUCAGUCAGCAAAGCGAUUUGACGACAUCGUCUCAAAAGCGUCAAAUCUGGUCCCUAGCACAAGUUUGGAUGCUGGCCCUGGGGAUAAAUAUGACAUAACUCGUGCUGCUUUGUUCACGAUGGCCACCUGCCACUCUCUUCGUUCCAUCGAUGGUGAACUUGUUGGUGAUCCGCUAGACGUCAAGAUGUUUGAGUUCACCGGCUGGACGUUCGAAGAGGGUAACCAAGGUAGUACCGAGCAGGAAGAUGACGAACAAGGAGGCUUCUCUCCUUCUGUUGCUCGCCCUCCUAUGGUACCCCUUUACGAUACGGAUGGAUACGGGACUACCGAAGGCCAAAAUGUACCAAUCGAGCUCGGAGUCUUGAGAUCUUUCGAAUUCGUCUCCCAAUUACGGAGGGCCAGCGUCAUCGUGCGGGCUUUCGGCCAGCAAAGCGGAAAUAUUUAUGUCAAGGGUGCACCUGAAUGUAUGCGGGAUAUAUGUCGACCGGAUAGCUUUCCGGAUGACUAUGAUGAACUCCUAUCUUACUAUACUCAUAAGGGAUAUCGGGUCAUUGCGUGCGCUACUAGAUAUAUCAAAAAGCUAUCAUGGGUAAAAUCUCAGAAAAUGAAGCGCGAGGAUGUUGAAGCCGAUCUUAAUUUUGUCGGCUUCAUCAUCUUCGAAAAUAAGCUAAAACCCACGACAGCUGCAGUGCUUAAGGAACUUACGGAGUCAAAUAUCGGCUCGAUCAUGGUUACGGGCGACAACAUCUUGACAGCCAUCAGUGUCGCGAGAAAUUGUGGCCUUAUUGAGAAAGAUGCGCAUUGCUUUGUUCCUCAUUUUGCUGAAGGGAACUCUCGCGAUCCCAAUGCUCGUUUACAAUGGGAGAGCAUAGAUGACCAAGCAUACCAGUUAGACGACCGAACCCUACUACCUUUACCUGCUCCCGUAGACCGUGAUGCUUCCUUACCAUACGAUAUAGACAAUCUUAGAAACCACUCUCUCGCAGUAAGCGGCGACAUCUUCCGAUGGAUAAUUGACUUUGCUCCGAACGAAGUCAUGCAAAGGAUGCUUGUCCGAGGCAAAGUCUUUGCACGUAUGUCUCCAGAUGAGAAGCAUGAACUUGUAGAGAAACUUCAGAGCAUAGACUAUUGCGCUGGAUUCUGCGGAGAUGGUGCGAAUGAUUGCGGCGCCCUUAAAGCUGCUGAUGUUGGAAUAUCACUGUCUGAAGCGGAAGCAUCUGUUGCGGCCCCAUUCACGUCGAGGGUAUUCGAUAUUCGAUGUGUUCCCGACGUGAUUCGGGAGGGACGAGCUGCUCUAGUAACUAGUUUCAGUUGCUUCAAGUACAUGAGCAUCUACUCGGCUAUACAGUUCACUUCUGUCAGCUUCCUUUACGCCUCAGCUUCGAAUUUAGGAGACUUCCAGUUCCUAUUUAUCGAUGUUCUCCUUAUAUUGCCAAUUGCCAUAUUUAUGGGCUGGUCUGGCCCGUUCCCAGUUCUAAGCAAGAAGCGACCAACGGCGAAUCUGGUAUCGAGAAAGGUUCUCAUACCCUUAUUAUGCCAGAUGGCCGUCUGUAUACUUGUACAAACUGCCGCGUGGCUUAUCGUGCGGGAGCAAACUUGGUAUAUACCCCCUCGGGUAAAUCGGGACAAACCUCAUAUCAAAAAUUCGGAGAACACAGCUCUGUUCCUCGUGUCUUGCUUCGAGUAUAUAUUCAUUGGUGUGGUUCUUAACGCCGGCCGACCAUUCCGACAGCCCAUGACUCAGAACUGGCCCUUCAUGGCCACUAUUUUUACGGCUCUAGCCAUUACUAUAUAUAUGAUCUUUAUACCGGGCCACUGGAUUAGAAAUCUGAUGCAACUGACCAAUAUUAGCCCAUCAUUCAAGCUUACACUACUGGGGUUGGGCGUGGCGUAUCUGGUCGCAGCGUGGGUCGGGGAGCACUACAUCUUCUCUGGCAUUGCUCGAGGAGUUGGCGUGGUGAAAACGGCUGUCACUCGGAAGGCAAAGAAGCGGAAGGAGUAUAAGAUUAUACUGGAGCAGACGAAGGCUUAAUCUUUACCUGAAAUUUAGCCCCUUGCUCGAGCUUACCAGGGUUGGUGUCAAGGUACGGUAAAUAGAACCGUUGUUGCACAAACGAGAAAGAGGAGGUUAGUAGGGGCAAAGCCCCUGGAGCCGAUUAUAUAGCGGUACGCUAUGGCCACGCUGGUGAUCCGGCGUGACACAUGAGGGCACCGCAAUAGUUAGAGAAUUGGAUGUAUGGGUACUAUAGUGCUCGCUAGGUAUAGAAGGCUUUUGAGAAGAAUAGGUAAAUAGUGUGCAUUGUUAUUGUAUAUAUACCGAAUAGAAGAAAUGGUAUAUACUAUCAAAGCAAGAUUGAUCCAA